UGAGCAAAUCAAGGUGGUUGAAAAUUGAAAUAAAUUGUUGCAGAGAAAGAACUCAUCCAUGGCGUUGACACACACACAUGACACACCUCCUUCCUCCUCCCUCCAAAUAUAAACCACAGCAAAUGCAACAUAGGAGUACAUACUAUUGAAGUUCUUCAACUUUCCCUUUUCCGCCAUUUCAGUAUUAUAGUAGUACUGUUUAUCAUCAUCAUUCAUACCGAAAGAAAAGGAAGCAACGCCGCUUCUUCUCGUGAUUUGCAUAAACAAUUCCCCGCUCCCUCUCUCUCUCUUCCCACUGCAAUUUCACCCACCCUCACUUUCUCGUGCCCUUCUUCACUGCUAGAUUCAAUUCUUCAUCCUCUAUUUAUAAUUUCUGGGCUUUUCUUGUUUCCUCCUUUUCUUUUCUUUUCUAUUUUUUUUCUUCUUCAAAAUUUCCAGUUUUGAAUUGUUUUUUUGCCCUCGGCUUGCUGCUUUGGUCCUUUCAACAGUGGGAUGAAGAGUGGUCCAGCUUCUUGUUAGUCUGGAAAUGAGAGAGACAACUCGUAAUCAAUGAGACUACCUUUUCAGCACAAACAUUUAGAACCUUAUGAAUGAAUUGCUAUCACAACUGACACAAUUUCUGAAGAGCUCAUAUAGAACAUUUGAUGUCGUUCUCGAUGCAAAAAUGACUUGUUAUAUUGCUAAACUGAUGCUGGUUGGUAAUUUCUCGGAUCUAUAGCUGAUGAUACCUUGUCUUCUGUGAUUGUCAAGGUAUUUCCGUAUGACCACAAAUUUGAUUCUGGCAUGAUUGACGAGUCACUUCCAUUUUGCCUUCCACGAUCAUGAGUGCGCUGCUUGGUAGACAUGAGAUAAUAGAGUUGACAGAAAGCUACGACUCUGAAUCUAAGAUUAGUGGAGACGCUGCUGGAAAGCAUCAUUUGGGGAAAUCACUAAAGAAGCUUAGUAUCGAGGAUGACAUCAACAAAAUCUUUGAAGCAAUUGAGAUUGGGAGCUCUCGUCGAGGUAUUGGUCAAUCAGAACGACAUGUUAGAGACGCAUCACACAAAAGUGCCAUGAAGAGGCCAAUGCGAGAUAGCCCUUCUCAUGCUUCAGGUAUUGGACUUUCUGAACCAGUGAGUUUGAAACAGGCAUUGAGGGGGUUAUGCAUCUCUCAAGCAUCGGAGAUGGCUGCAGUGAAGAAGCGCAUGUCAAGGCCAUCGGCUUCUCCUGGGAUUUCAGAAGUAGGAGCUGUCAAAAAGUUGUACAGGGCUGUAGUUACUGAGGCAAGUGAAGCUGGUCGGCCUCUUGACGAAGUGAAAGGGAAUUUGAUGGAGAUCUCAUUAGUGCAUGAAAGAAGCUCGUCGAAUGUAUCACACAAGGCUGAAGUUUCCGAGAGAAACAGACAGUCUUCUGUUCUUUCAGAAGAUAUCCCUUCUAUUCCCACUAACGAUGGAUGCAGUCUUCCGAAUUCUGAUUCUGCGCAGAGGUUAAAAUUGCCAUAUUCAUCUGUUAGCAUUGCACUUAACAAGAAAGUCGAAGAGUCGGCUGAAAUGGUUCCCAUCCCGAGUGAGAGUUCAGAGACAACAAAUGGGCUGCACAAGAAGCAUGCGAAAAUGGAUCAAAUCAGAAACACUGACAAAGGUUUUGGUUCAUCUCAACAAAAUGUAACAGCUCACAACAUUGCAAAGAAGAAGAUUGUGCCAAAAAGGACCUUUACUACAAAGAAUCGAAGUCACCAUAGUGAAGGGCCUAAGAAUGAUAGCGGUAUCGAGACUAGCAAACUAGCCCACCAAACACCAGAUUCUGUCCUGGAGAAGCGAUGGGAAGAAUUGGAGGAAUCAUUCCCAACAUGCUCCAUAGAUUCUAGAGCUAAUAAGAAUUAUCAUGUUCCACAUACCUUUAACAAAACAAAGAGUGUUUUGAUGAAAGCUGAUGAAAGGUCGAGAUCAAAGGAAAAAGGAGAGUUCUCUCAGAGCUCAAAAAGUAGCGUAGGAGAAUAUAGCAGCACAACAAGCUAUAGUGAUGAGAGCUAUCCCAGUGGGUCUAGUCGAAGUGGCUAUCGACCUCAUAUGUCGAAGGACUUGAGAUGGGAAGCCAUAAGUUCUGUCCAGAAGCAUCACGGUAGAUUGGGCAUGACACAUUUUAAGUUGCUGAGGAAGAUUGGCGGUGGAGAUAUUGGCACGGUAUACCUCUCUCAGCUGAUUGGCACGAGCAGCGUCUUUGCCAUGAAAGUUAUAGAUAAUGAAUAUUUGAGCAGCAGAAAGAAAAUGCAGAGGGCUCAAACUGAAAAAGAGAUCCUUGAAAUUCUGGAUCAUCCUUUUCUUCCUACACUUUAUGCCCAUUUUAUGACAAAUAAGUAUCUGUGUUUAGUCAUGGAAUACUGUCCUGGGGGUGAUCUGCAUGUGCUUCGCCAGAAGCAGCUCACUAGGAGUUUCCCGGAGAAAGCGGCCAGGUUCUACGCUGCAGAAAUACUCCUCGCAUUGGAGUACCUUCACAUGCUCGGUGUGGUGUACAGAGACUUGAAGCCCGAAAACAUUUUGGUCCGUGAAGAUGGUCACAUCAUGCUCUCAGACUUCGACUUGUCCCUCAGAUGUGCUGCAAAUCCUAUGCUACUCAAGUCGUCUUCUCGUGUUGCGGAGACACCAAAGAAGAUGUCCAGUCCCUGCUCGGAUUCCAGCUGCAUACAUCCCUUCUGCCUUCAACCAUCAUGGCAGCUUUCAUGUUUCACACCCAAGUUCCUAACCGCUGCAGCCAAAACCCGCAAGCUAAAAUCUGAGCUAGCUGCUCAGGUCAUCCCACUGCCACAGCUGGUAGUCGAGCCUGUAACUGCACGAUCCAACUCCUUUGUGGGGACACACGAGUAUCUGGCUCCAGAGGUCAUCAAAGGGGAAGGUCAUGGGAGUGCAGUGGAUUGGUGGACGUUUGGGAUCUUCCUAUACGAGCUUUUAUACGGUAAGACGCCCUUCAAAGGAUCCAGCAACGAGGAUACUAUAUCAAACGUGGUGUCACAGUGCCUCCAGUUUCCACAAUGUCCGAUGGUUAGCUCUCAAGCUCGAGACUUGAUGAGAAGGUUGCUGAAGAAAGAGGCAGAGAACAGACUCGGGUCUGCAAAGGGGGCUGCUGAAAUCAAGCAACACCCGUUUUUCGAGGGGCUUAACUGGGCGUUGAUCAGAUGCGAGACGCCACCGGAGCUGCCCAAGUUUUUUGAUUUCGGUAAUGUUAUCUCUGACACUGUUUCUCACAGUAAAAAGAGCAAGCUCCCCACAGAAUUUGAGGAGAGGGGAGAGGGGAUGGAGUUUGAGAUGUUCUAGCAAAAUCAAAAUGUGGUAUAAUCAACACUCAAAUAGGUAGGUUAGUCUUUUGUUUUUUUCCCUUUGUUUUUCUAACUCAAGAUGACCUCUUUCAUGUAAUUGAUAUAUAAUUAUAUAUAUAGUGUAAAUGUGUUUGGAAGUUGGCAGCA